AUGACGAGUUACUGUUUAGCAUCAUAUGGUAAUUGGCUCUUUAUGGUAGACUGUUGGUAUAAUCUCUACCUUUUGAAUCUAUUUACCCAUGAGAGGAUCGAUUUACCUCCGGUGGAGUCACAAAUUGGAACGACAAAGCUGGAGCGAACCUUAAAAGAUCACAAGCUUUACUACCUCCUAAACGACUACCGUGGUAGUAGUGGUUUUAUCAAAAUAUUCGACUUCUCUGGAGAGGUUCCGCAAGAAACCUUUCAGUGUGGUGUUCCUGGCAACAGCUCUUCACUUGAUCCAAUAAGAAAUUCAUGGAGGAUUGCCGGCGCACAACUUGUAGUCACAGUAACAGGAGAUGUCCUCUAUGUUGAAAGCUGGGCAAGACCUUUCACUUUACUCUGGUCCUUUCGCGUCUACAAGGUUUAUUCAUCAGGUUUCUUUAACAAGUUUGAACAAGUUGAUUCUUUGGGCAACGAGGCAAUACUUUUUGAUCUAGGCAUCACUGUGCUCGCUAAUGAUGACAUUGUGGGUUUUAAGAGAAAUUCCAUCUACUUCAAGACUACUUGUCAUGAAAAAAACACUACUCAAAUUUGUCUCUUCAAUUUCGAGACACAGGAGAUGGAGCCACUGCACAAGUUCGACUGUUCGUCCCAACAACAACUCGCCAGAGCUCUAUGGUUCCUACCAAGUUUCAAGCAGACAUAA